AUGGUCUCGACAGAAACUAUCCAUGGGACGUUCACAGUGCCGAUUCUCGACGAUGAAAUACCGCUCGACCCUUCGAUGAGGCCAUACAUGGUGCCGCCAAUGCCUAAAGCGACCACCCCACUUGCCUUCCCAUUGAAAGAUUUCCGAUCCCAAGUUUUUCAAACACUUUCCGGAGGAGACUACACACCAGAACGAGCUUUCCUCAACACCCACGGCUUCACAGCAGUCAAACACAACUCCUCUUUCCUCAACACCGGCAACAUCUCAGAUACCUGUUCCGUACAGGAAAGCUACUACCCGGAAAUCGCCUCCCUAGUAAAGGACGUCGUAGGCUGCAAAGAAGUCAUCGUCAUGAACAGUGCCGUCCGUAGCGGAGUCCCGCCCGAAAACGUCAAAGACUACAUCCCCUUCAAGAAAGCUCCCUGGACGAAGGAAGAAGAAAAAGGGAUGCAGAAGAAUGAAAGCUGGCAUAAAGUAGCUCCUUUACAGCCGAUACGCCUUCCACAUUGUGACUCCACGGCCAUGGGCGGACGACAGAGUCUGCGAUUUUGGCAGAAAGAACUCACUGAUGCUGCAGAACGGUAUGGUGUUCUGAAAGCGGAGGAGGAGGUCGAGGAGAAAUUUGGCUUGAGUAGUACGGAGCGAGGAGAUCAAACAGAAUUCGAGAACCUGUACAACGAUCAUGAGAAUGUGAAGUUGGGACCAAGAUAUGCUUUUUAUUCUAUCUGGCGACCCCUAAAACCAGUCACUCGAGAUCCGCUCGCUUUGAUCCCUUGGAGUGAAGUCCAGAAGAACGAUGAUUUCGUCCUCUGGCCGUACGAGAAUCGCGUUCCGGGGUACAAAGGUGAUUGGAAGAAGGAGCUCGCUAUGUUGAAAGUGAAGCCGGAGGCGUUGAGCAAAAUAGGAAGUGAGGAUAAGGGAUUGCAAUUCUGGUACAUCUCGGAAAUGCAGCGUGAUGAGGUAUUGUUUGUUACGAUGUUCAAUACGGCUGGCUUGGGUAAAGGUGCGAAUCAGGAAGUUGGCUGUUUGCAUGGAAGUCCGGAUUUGGGAGAGGCUGGGUAUGGUGAGGCUAGAGAGAGUAUUGAGGUGAAGUGUAUGGCGUUCUGGUAG